AUGAAUUAUUUUUUAAAAAUUUAUAAGGAAAAUAAAUGUAAAACAUUCUAUUCAAGAAAUAAAUUAAUUGAAUAUAAAGAGAGAGAAUAUAUAGAAUUUAUAGAGUAUUCUGGUUUAGAGAAAAUAGAAUAUGGUGAUUUACCAUUUUAUGGUAUAUUAGAAAAAGUUUCAAUUACAAAUUAUAAUGGUAUUAUUGAUGGUAUUAUAAUACCAAUGGGUGUUUCAACUGUAAUUUAUCCAAGCCUGUCUGUUUGUGAAACAAUAUUAUCGACAUUACCAAAAUCAGUUACUUCAGUCGAAAACGUAAUGCUUAAUUCACCAAUAGAUACCUCAUCAUCACCAAUACCAGAAACAAUUGAAAAGAUAUCUUUUCAUGAUUUUUUAAAUCCAAAUUUUUUAAAAGGAAAUAUUUUUCCAAAAUCUUUAAAAGCAUUAUCAAUUCUAAGUUCUGGUUUUAGUCAUAAUAGUAAAUCGUUUUAUUUUGAAAAUGGUGAAGUUCUUGAUUCGGUUGAGUAUUUAAAAAUUGAUAUUUAUUUAGAACCAGAUAAGGAAACUGAAUUGCUUAGCUUUUUACCAAAAAAUUUAAAAAUUUUAGAUUUGGAAAUGCAUGGUAAAAUUACACCAUUCUCUUUACCAAAUUCAAUAACCAUUCUUAACAUUAGACUACCAUAUAAUGAUCCAGUUCAAAUUAAAAGGGAUAUGAUUCCUCAAAGUGUUACUAGUCUUAAAAUAGAUUGUUCACGUUUUAUUUCAAUUGAAAGAGAUUCUUUAACAAAUUCAUUAACUAUUCUUAAUUUAAAAUUCUCAUAUCAUAACCCACUGGUGGAAAUUAAAAAACAUAUGAUUCCUCAAAGUGUUACUAAAUUAACAAUAGAAUGUACAAAUAAUUAUUGUUCAAUUGAAAGAGAUUCACUAAAUAAUCUUUUAAAUUUAACUGAACUUUCAUUUAUUAAAGCUAAUAUAAAACCAGGAUUAGUCUCAAAUGGAUUACCACCAAAUUUAAAAAAGUUAAAUUUAAGUUUACGUCUUGAAAGAUUAACAUUUGAAAAGAAUUGUUUCCCAGAAAGUUUAACUCAACUUAAUUUUGUUAGUCAAGAAAGUUGGUCAUAUGAAACACAUGGUUCACCUGGUUUUCAAAUGCUUGAUUCCAACUCAUUUCCAAAAUCAUUAAAAUCAUUAAAUUUACCAUUCUCAUUUAAUCAACCAUUGAAAUUAACAGAUGAAUAUAUUCUAAAAUCAAAUGGUUCAUUUAAAACUGCAAUUCAAUCAAUAUUUCAAAAUAAAAACAAAUUUAUACCUGGUUUUUUAAUACCAAGAAAUGUCGAAUCAUUAAAAAUUGGAUAUUUUUUUAAUCAACCAAUUAAUAUUGGUGAUUUGCCAGAUUCAUUAACUUAUUUACAAAUUGGUGAAGUUUGUCGUUUCACUCAAUCUAUAUUCAAACAAAAUCUUUUAAAAAAUUCAAUUCCAAAUAAUAUUCAAACUUUAAUAUUACCAAAUGAAUAUUGUAUUUAUUUAUUAAAUGAUCCGAAAUAUAUUGAUGUAUUACCAAAUUCUAUAAAAACUCUUAAAUUUUUAAUUAAAAGUUCAGAUAGUACAAAUAAUUUAUUAAUUCAAAAAACUAUUAAUAAUCUUUUAAUUGAAAAUGAAAUUGAUAAUUGUUUAACAAUUUAUCAAUUAUUAUUAAUAAAUAAAAAUUGGAUUGCUUGGGAAAUUUAUAAUAAAAAUAAAUGUAAAAUAUUUUCCUCAAGGAAUGAAUUAAUUGAAUAUAAAGAGAGAGAAUAUAUACAAUAUAUAAAGUAUACUGGUUUAGAGAAAAUAGGAUGUGGUGAUUUACAAUUUUGUGGUGUAUUAGAAAAAGUUUCAUUUGAUCAUGAUUUACCAUUUUAUGGUGCAUUAGAAAUAGUUUCAUUUGUUGAUCAUGAAGGUACAAUUGAUGGUAUUAUAAUACCAAUGGGUGUUUCAACUGUGAUUUACUCUAAAAACUAUAAUACUGGUUCAACAAUAUAUCAACAUUACCAAAAUCAGUUACUUCAGUCAAGAAUGUAA